AUGGCGGCUGUAAAUUGCUGCAUGUGCUUUAUUCUUUUUCUGUUAAACUGGACACUAUGCUUAGGACUCUAUCAAGAUCAAGUUGGACUCUUCGAUUGGCGCCUUAGCUAUCUAGGGAAAGUGAAAUUUUCGUUUUUUGAUGUUUCCACGCACAGUAGCAAGCGACUGUAUGUCGGCACAGAAUCUAACGUGAUUGCAGCUCUAAAUUCUAGAACCGGGAGUAUUAUUUGGCGUCAAGUGUUGGAAGAGAAAGAAGGAAAGCUAGAAACGCUCCUUUAUCGCGAUAACACACUGGUAAGCUCAUCAAGUUCAGGGAAAUUUAUCCGAUCUUGGGAUGCAAGUAAUGGAGCUCUUUUGUGGGAGUCGGUGGGUAAAACAACUUCUUCGCCUGGCAAAGAAAGAAGUAAUUCACCUUUUAGCGGAUGGAACGGGCAGCAUGUUGCUCUGGUCGAUGUCAGAGGCAAUGAGCUUGUGGUUUCAUUAUCUCAUAACAUUCUGAAAGGGUUUACACUUCAAGAUGGCUCAGAAAGGUGGGCUUUAGACCUCAGUGAUCGAUCCGCGGAGUACUUCAGUUUUCAAUAUGCAAAUGGACUAUUACAUCUUGUAGGAGUACAAAAUGACAUUAACGUCAUUAUUCAGAAGGUAGAUGUAGAGAGUGGAAAAGUUAAAGGAGAAAGAACCGUAGGAGCUCCUUGGGUCAGCAAUGGCGCAAGCUGUGUUUUUGUAAAGAAGUCGAAUCUGGUUUGUGCAGAGACGUUCAGUAACAGUGUUCAUGUGAUUUCCCUCUUUGAUGAGUCAGCUCCAGUAAAAACUAUAUCUCUGGUAUCGUUAGGGUUGGGGGUUGAUGAGCUCUCUAAUACCAAACCCUCAUUAGAAUUGCUAGGCUCCUAUUCAAACUCCUGGGAUGGCCGUUCAGAGUUUCUUUUAAAGCUCUCAAAAAGUCAUCAACUUAUCUUGGACUUGAACACUGAUCGCAGCAUAACACUGGUAACAAAAUUUUCCGAUCCGACCAUAGUGAGUGCCUCUGUGCUUGGCAGCAAGGCUGUUUUAGUAUCUAUAACAUCAGUUCCUGAUUCAUCAAAUGUAGAGCUUCAAUGUUUUGACUUGGACACCAGGAAAAUUUUCCCAGACAUGACACAAAAAGUUGUCCUAGCAGAUCAUGGCGAACCAGAAAAUGCAGUUGUCUAUUUAUUCAGUAAGAAAGAGAAUGAACUUGGUUACAGAGUCUUAUUAGCUACAACAGAUCAUGCUGUGUCCCUGAUUCAAUUUCCAGGACGGAUUAUGUGGUCACGGGAAGAAGCAUUAGCAGACAUAACAGCUGUAGAUGUAGUUGAGCUGCCAUUUUCUCCUUCACAGCAAAAUUUUGAAACCCUUCAGGAAGAAUUCGGGGUUCAUCCUAAUGGUAAGAGAUCACUCUGUAAAUUCUCCUCACAAUAGUAUUUUUACAUUAAGGAGCUUAGGCAACGAUGACGGCGACAACAAUGAGAAUGGCAAAAAGGCAAUAGGGUUGGAUUAGCAAAACAACAACUUUGUAGGUGUAUCACGCUUUUUUGUGCAUUUUCUUUGCCGUCACUGCACGACUAUGACGUGUAAAUGCCUAAUUUCACGCCUUGAAGAAGACAUGCACAGAAGACAACGACUUUCUUUUUCUUUCCCUGUACUUUGACACAGUCCUUUAAUCCUGUUAUGUUGUAUUUAAUUAUUUUAUUUGUUUCUAAGUAUUUGAGUGGAGUGCCUGUAAACAAACCUUAAAACCUUUUUUUUUCUCAAUUCAACUCCAGAAAAAUUUGCCAACAUUUGACAAAUUGUACGAGAUGGAAUAAGCGCGAUAAAGUUUGAGGCAGUGCAAAUUCACUUUUGAAGUGACGUUUUCGUAGCCAUCGCUGUCUUAGUUGCUUAAGCUACCUAUCAUCAUGCACACAGUAGGUCAAGAUAAUUUGUUUUAAUCAAGGAAGAUAAACAAACUUCUUUAAAGUAACCAAGCUUGUUACCCAGCAACCCCCUACCUCGCCUAAAUAAAUUUUUAUGAGGAAAGUAUGAUCAGCCCAAAAAAGGUUUUGUCCACUACUAAAUUUGCAUAAUGAAUGUACAGUUAAACCUGGUUAAGCUUUCUUAUGAAGAAAAACAUUUGAACUUCAUUAUGUUAAUGUUGAAUUCAUUAUUGGUGUCAAUAUGACAUUCUUCAGUUGAAAUUUUGAAAAUUCAAAGCACUCUUUGAUCCAAGAAUUCAAUUCUGAUUGGAUUAAUGAGCUAUUCUUCACAACAGCAAAGUUCAACAAUAAGUCAGUCCAUCUGGUGAGAAAAGAAAUCAUUUCUGAAGGGUUGAACCAGUAAAGUGUCUCUGUACCUUGAGUUUUAGGAUGCUUUACUCUGUUUCCAUGGACGUGGAGCUUAAAACAGAGACUUCACUGGGCAUUAACUAUUUUUAACAGUAUUGUGUUGUUAUACAGAUGAUGUUCUGUCCAUGUUCAUCCGCCGCAUCCGUGCCCAGGUGAAACAGUUCCAAGUUCUCAUCAAGCAAUUUCAAGCCUUCCUCAAGGCCCAACAAGAACAUGGGAUCUUUGCUGAGUCAGCAGAAGAUACAGAAGAACAACUGACCAGAGACCAGUUCAAUUUGCGAAAAAUGAUUUUGAUUGUUACAUCAUCUGGAAAACUCUUUGGUCUGGAUUCUGCGGAUGGAAGCAUAAUAUGGAAAUAUUUCCUUCCUGAUCUUGCUCCUUUUACGCAGAACAACAAGCAGUACUCAUUACUUUAUACUCAACGAACUGUCGCUCACUUUCCCUUGACAGCUCAGUGUGUUGUACUGGGAAGAUCACGAUCAGCUGAUGGAUCAUUAUUGCAUGUCUUCAACCCGAUAACCGGAAAACCCAUUGGACCUGGCCAUCCAAAAGGAAAUCAGUUGCCAUACAGAGUGAUACAGUCCAUGCUUUUACCCCAUACUGGUAAGUGUAGUCUCCUUUUGUCCAGGGGUGGGGAAGGGGAGGGAUUCUCCAUAUUGCUGAAAUUAUUGUGCAAAGCCCAAAUAUGGUGGUGUUUAAAAUUUUGUAGCAUUUUGAAAUGAAAAUUGAAAUCUUAGAAGUGGGUUCCAAUUUAGGGAUCAGUUUUGAAUUUUACUGGAGACAGGUUUUGUAACAUGGUCUGAAGGAAUACCUUUCAUCACUUGACAAGUUGCCUUUUCCUUUUUACUUCAAGGAGUGGCCGAAGUCAAAAUUAGAUGUAAUUAGGAAAUUUCGUCUUCUAAGAGGCUGAAAAAUGGUACCACAAGAAAGUGCCUCCAAGAAGGUUUCAUGUGAAUGGUUUAACACUGCAGGGUUUUGUCCACAAACUCAAAAGCAAGAACCAACUUUAAAAGACUCUAUCUUUCACUCUGAAAGAGAAAGGAGUAAAUUAUGAGUUAAAUAUGUUGGCUACAGACUACUUGAAAAAAGCUGACCAGAUCUCAACUAAAAAUUUAACUACUUGAUAAUCCCACAAAAUAGCAAUAAUAUUCUGAUGGUGAAUAAAAAUAAUUUCUUUCAUUUGUUGUUAAUUAAUGUGUUCUGAUAUUGCUUUGGUGAACCAUGUAUCCAAUUACAUUAAUUUACAGAUGCCAAGCACACAAAGCUGCUUCUUCUUCUUGAUUCAUCCCUGAAUGUUCAUGUAUUUCCUCGCACCUCUGAAGCAAAAGAAAUUGUAUCCAAGGCAGCCUCAUCAAUUUUCUUUUUCCUGGCCGAUAAAGAGAAGGGUGACAUAAGAGGUUACAUGCUAUUGUCUGAUGCUGGGAAAAGUGGAUUUCAUGUCAGGGAGAUGUGGAAUGUGAACAUUCCUCGCACAUCACAGAUCAUCAGUAACAUAGGUAAUAACAGGGCAACCAGUUAGCAAGUUUUCAAAUACGUACACAUGUAGGAGUUAUCUACCAAGCAUGAGGUCAAGAUGGCUGGAUAAAACUUACAGUGUAUGCAUUUUUAUGGAUCGAGACAAAAACUUAGGAUUCACCACAGUUUGCCCAGUCGUGGAGCCACCUGUAAAAUUUCUUCUCUCAUUCAUUUGAUAACAUUGAACCUUGAAUGACAUUGAAGGGGUUGAAACUCAGUUACUACCCACCUACCGGCAGAGAAGUUAAUGCUGGAUUGAUUGCUGUAACCUCACUUCCAACAAACAACAGCAAAGGAUGAUGUGUGACUAAAGGUCCUGUAGCAUGAAACCCAACCCUUCUCCCAAUACUUUAAGUUGCACAAGAACCUCAUCACACCUGCAUGAUAGGGCCCUGUGCCAUGAAUUAUUACAUUCACAAUAAAAAUUCAUAUAAUUCAUUUAAUAUUAUUCUUAAUAAGGAAAAGUGCAUCCAUAGUCUACUUCUUCUCUGAUGUAUCUUACAAGUUACUGUUAUUUUUUAGCAACUAAGAACCCACUGGAACAUGUACAUUCACAAGGAAAAGUUCUUGGAGAUAGAAGAGUUCUUUACAAAUACUUGAACCCAAACCUGGUAGCUGUGGCAACUGAAGUAACCCCUGAUACAAAACCUGGCAUAUCAAUCUACCUCAUCGAUGCAGUGACAGGUUUGUUUUUUUUUUAUCAGUAUUAAAAAGGUAUCCUCACCUACUGAUGAGGGAGUGCUGCCCUAAACAGUAACUUUCAGUACAACAUGGUUGACUAAAGGAAAUGUUUAUAUGAGGUGAGCCAGCCCAGUUAGCCGGGCUGGCUUGGCUCAUGCAUUGUUUCCUCUUAAAAUUGUCAUUGUGUUUAUAUGAGAAGGCAGGCUGGCCCACUUGCCGAGAUCCCUGUUGCUCAAGCCAGUGCAGUAAAGAGGGCCAGCGGAACUAACUGAGCUGGCUCACGUACUUUGUAUAAACAGGCCAUUUUAAGCAGGAAGAUGGUUUGGGAAAGGGGCUACAAUGUAGGUUGAUUCGGAAAACUUUGCAUACCUACGUGCCUGCCUAUCAAACUUUAACUUUCACAAAAACUUGAUGUUUGAAACCAGAUUAUUAUUUUGUGAUGUGGCUGUGCCUAGAUGCAAACAAUACCACUUUUUAAUCCAAACAGUGAGGGUCUUAACAGUGAAAGAAAAAUUUUAAAAAGAAAAAGAAGAUAUAUCUUAAUUUUUGAGCAAAUUUUCCUUAUCAGUAUUUUUUAAAGAAAUUUAUUGAAAACAACGUUGUGAAGAAUAAGCUUGCUGAUCUUCUAUUAUUAUUAUUACUAUUAUUUUUAUCAGGGCUGGUCAUAUUCCAUACACGCCAUAAGAAUGCCAAAGGACCUUUUCACAUGGUGCACUCUGAAAACUGGCUUGUUUACUGUUUGUACAACACCAAGUCUCGCCGAUAUGAACUCACAGUAUUAGAACUGUAUGAUGGUUACACAGAAAGAAACAGGUACAAUUUUGGUGAUAUACUCACAUAAUUUACACAGCAGCCAUUCUAAUAAUUCAAUAAUGAUUCAGAGCUGGCACAUCCACUUAAUGGUUCUUUGUCUACCUGAUUUCUGGUUGAAUUUGGAUUACAUGUAGCAAGUGUUGGUGCCGGGAUAAAUUGGAACCCCAGCCUGAUGGUCGGAGGCAAGUGCUGUCAUUAUAAGCCACCCCUGCUCCCCAUUUUGUCUUCUUACAAUCCAAAAGAUGUCCUAUUACAAGCAGUGUUAAAUCCUGAAUGUUCCUAGCCCAUGUUCUUUUCCUCAUUUUCCCUUAAAAAAGGUUAUAACUGCUGUCUGUUUAGCUCCGUUGGAUGAGCUGAUCAAGCAGGUGGUCCAGCCAGACCACCUACAACAUCUAAGACUGCUCAUAACACUCCCUCCCCCCACCCAUAUCCCCUUAACUACUGCUGUGUAGGACAUUGCUUUAAAAAGACUGGUGCAGUCAACUUUCACUUUUAAUAAAAGAGGGAGCUGUAAAGCUCCUAAUACAGUGUUCCAGUUAAUUCUUUCAAGCGGGGGGUCUUGUAGACCAUCUGAGGCAUUGCAAAGACCACGUGCUAUUUUUGUUUUUUUACUUUAACACUUAUAUGUGAUCUGUCGGGUCAGGAUCGAAGCCUUCUUUGUCAUUGACCCGAGACCCGUCUGUUAUCUGGAACACUGUCCUAAUACCUACCUGAGAAAAUUUAGUAAUCAGAUAACAUCCCAACUACUAUCAACUAUUGUCAUCCUCAUUUCAGCUCUGCCUUGUCAUCAUUUGAGCCUCCACCCAUGCCUUUAGUCUUACAACAGUCCUACAUCUUUCCCACGACUAUCCGUACUGCGUCAGUCACCAUAACAGAAAGAGGCAUUACCCACAAGAACCUGCUGUUCGGUUUACAAACUGGUUACAUUCUCAGUCUGCCUAAAAACUACCUGGACCCACGCAGAAAAUUUGUGUCGACAGCAGAAGACCGUGAAGAAGGACUCCAUCCAUAUAUUCCGGAACUGAUGCUAAAUCCCUUGGCAUUCAUUAACUACAACCAAACUGGUACGCAAAACAUUAAAGUUGCACAUUUUUUGUACAUCCAUUAAUUUCCCCACAUGUACAUACUGCAGGAGGUGGGAGUAUUAAGAAGUUUUACAAGUGAUGUACAACUUGCCUGUUAAAGGACUUUUGACCCUAUUUAGAUCAGAAUGUGGGAUUACUUUUUUUUUCUCAACCAUAUAUUGAAUAUCUGAAUAAUGUGUAUUGUUGUUCUAUUACUUCUUACUGUCAGUUGCCAACAUUGAUGGUAUCUACACUGCGGGAUCAGGCCUGGAAUCAACAUGUCUAGUAUUUGCACAUGGGUUGGAUCUGUACUGGACCAGGGUCACACCAUCUAAGAUGUUUGACGUACUCAAAGACGAUUUUGAUUACUGGUUCAUUCUUGGCACACUUGGAAUCUUAGUCCUUGUGACUAUUGUCUCUCAGAGACUAGCGUCAAUUAAAAUGCUCCGACAGGCAUGGCAGUGAGAAGAGUCUCCUCCUAACUACAGUAUGCACUGUUUAAUGUUUGAGGGACUGAUACCAGCUCAUUCAUGUACAUUUGCAGGCUUGGGUGAAAAUUGAUCUUUGUAAAAUACAAGUACCAAAAGAUUUUUCAGGCAAUAUUCAGUUCAGUUAGUGGCUCAUCAUUUCAUAGGUUUCCUGUGUGUUGAAGAGUUGUUUGUACCCUAAUUAAGCUGUCUGGAAGGACAUUUUUGAGAAUUGGUGUGUCAAAAAAAAAAAGUUCUCAAACUUGAAAAGUCCCAAAAUUACUAGACUGCAAAACAGUCGGGUUUUUUCUCAAAAUCAGUAAAGAAAUCAGUAAAGCAUGGAGAAAGAGUCUUACAUGCGCGAAGUGCGCGAGCCUUGAGGCGAGAGAAAAAUACGGACUGUUUUGCAGUCUACAAAAUUACCAUCUGCCACCGUGUGUGUUUUUUGAGUGAUGUUGAUUAGUGCAAUGUAAAAUUUCAGAUCAUAAGAGCCUUGACCAUUCCUGGCAUUGUUUUUGUAGACAACAAACUUUGCACAACACCACCUCUCUCUAUCCAGACAUGAACUAUUAGGUACUGGCAAAGUAUUGUUGUGGUGCUGUGAAUAACCCUAAGAUGAACCUGUAUUCUGGCCGAGGGAGGUGGUAAUACUCUUACGUGGUCAAUUCCACUGACAGAAGCAGGGUUUAAAAUGGUUAGAUGGUCUUUUUUGAGUGACAUGUUUAGUGAGUUUAAAGAACUGUGAUGGCCAUGGCAGGAAAAUAAUGCAUUUAAUUAAAACAUCACUACUCUUCUUGUCCAUCAUUGUUGAUACAUUUAUUUGCUGUCCUCUUCAUAGCUUUACAUGAAAUCUCCUUAGCAAACUGUUGUGGAGAACUUGAACACACACCAAAACAUUUUUUCUUUCUCCAAGUUCUGAACUUUGAUGUAGUUCCUAAAAAUUUAACCCCAGAAAACCUUGGCAUAUUUCAAUGGGCAUGCAGUUAUUUAAGAAUGUAAAUUUACUGUCGGUGGUGAAAUUUUCACUGCUAAAAAGAAUGUGGCAGCUAGAGCUCCCUUUCUUUAUUACUCUUGUUUUGGCUCAUUCAUAUAAUAUUACAGUCAAAUUUAAAACCAUUUUAUUAUAAUCACGAUAGAAAGCUUUGCAUCUGUCAUGAUUAUUUGCUGCUAUUUUGCUUAUGGCUACUUUUACGCUAG